AUGUAUAUACAAUUAUAUGCAAUUCCAGGGCAAAUAAUUUUGGGAAUGUUUUCUCAAUUCAUCUAUGAAUAUGGAGUGCUAUAUUAUCUAUGCAUAAUUGCAAUCCUUACUAGUCUAUAUACAUGCAUGUAUACUAGUAGCAAUUAAUUAUUUCCAAAAUGCUUAUUGAUGAUCAUUCCAUUUUAAAUAGUAUUAACUAUUUUGAAUUUUGAUAUGGUAAGCGUUGGAAUUAUCCCAUAUUUGAUCCUUACAGAUAUAAUUAACAGUGAUAUUAUUAUAAGAUUACCAAAAAAACCAAUCCCUCCACCAAGAAGAACAUAUAAUGCUUAGAUUGACAAUCAUCAUAGUAUUCAUAUCCAAAAUGUAAUCAAAUAAAAUGCCCAGAGCCUUUAAAAAUAUGAAUAUUUUCAUAUUUGUUGUAUAACUUUGUGUUAUAUAGCAAUACCAAAAUACAAUUGUACUAGAAUGUUAACUAUUCAAAAGACACUGUAUAAUUAAUAAAUACUGCUUUCUUAUAAUAUUAUUACAAAUCAGAUUAUAAUACAACUCUGUUCAAAACAGUCAUAUCAUCAAUAAAAUUUUUAUUAUGCUCUUUGACUUUAGAUAUAAGG